GGACCUUUUCAACUAGACGAUGAACGCAGCAUUAGCUCCAGCAAUGGGACGGGCUUCCGGCGGGAGGUCAUCACAAACAUGGCGUGGAGAGGAUGUGUAAUGAAAUUGGCCAAAACAGAGUUAAUCAGAUCCACCAACACUACUUCACGAAGCUCCAGACUGAACCCUCACAGCCAACAGAGGUGCAGUUUCCGUCAAGAAGCCAAAAGGCCUGAUACAAAGAAAGGAAAUGUCACCCAAGAAACAAAAGUUUCACCCUCUGAGGCUGGCCCACUGGGUCCCCCGCCUCCUCCCAAAGUCCCCAGGCCGACACUCUUCAAACCGCUGAUGUUCACAGUCGGGUUUACAGGCUGCUCCUUUGCUGCUGCAGCCAUUCUGCAAUAUGAGACCCUGAAGUCAAGAGUUGGGACUGCUAAAGAUGAAGAAGAGUCCGAAAAAUUGUUACAGGGGUCUCAGGACAUGACGUAUUGGCAUAACUGGUGGAACCAACUGUCAGGCUUCCAGCGACAACUCCUCCUCCUGAUGUCCAUGGUGGAUGACUUCUGGAGCAGCCUCACAGAGGGACAGAAGACUGUCACCGGCAUCAUUGCAGUGAAUGCUGUAGUCCUGUGUUGCUGGCGGAUCCCUGCAAUGCAAAGAAGCAUGAUUAAGUACUUCACGUCCAACCCAGCCUCCAAAACACAGUGCCUUCCCAUGGUCCUGUCUUGCUUCAGCCACUAUUCCAUUGUCCACAUGGUGGCCAACAUGUAUGUCCUGUGGACAUUCUCAUCAGGCAUCGUCUCUCUCUUAGGGAAGGAGCAGUUUCUUGCAUUCUACCUGUCUGCCGGUGUGAUUUCCACUAUGGUCAGCUACAUUUGUAAAGCUGCCACUGGACGUUUCCAUCCAUCAUUAGGAGCGUCAGGUGCAGUGAUGGCAGUACUGGCCGCAGUCUGUGCAAAGGUGCCAGAGGCCAAACUAGGCAUCAUCUUCCUCCCCAUGAUUACUUUCACAGCAGGAAAUGCUCUGAAAGCACUCAUUGCCAUAGAUACAGCAGGUCUCAUACUGGGAUGGCGGCUGUUUGACCACGCAGCGCACCUUGGCGGAGCCCUCUUUGGAGUAUGGUAUGUGGCAUAUGGUCACAAACUCAUUUGGAAGAAGAGGGAGCCUCUUGUGAAGCUGUGGCAUGAAAUACGUUCUCCAGGUGCCGGUGGAUCCAGGCCAGGAGGUGGACCUGGACCACAAUGAGAUCCCUCGGAUCCUUUUUUUAGAAAGAACUGGAGAUGAUUUAAUAGUGAUUUAAUUUAAUGAUAUUCAGAGACUUGAAAAAACCAGUGAGACCUCACACCUGGUGUUGCAAUCCAAGUGUUUACUGUGUAGACUGAUAACAUGUGCUGCAAUACAAGUAACCUCUUCAAGCUACACAAGGAAAAUAUCAUUCUACCUCUUAAAAAUCCAAAGAUGUUGGACCUUCAGCCUUCAUGUCCACUUUUUUUACUGUUCAUAUUAUUAAAAGCAAUUGUAUAAGACUGGACAGAAAAACUGAGUCCUGAUGCAAUUCAGUGAUUGAAUAAUUUGCUGAAUUCAAUGUAAAACAUACAGUCCUCUGGGCUGGUCUUAUGUUUAAUAGCUAAUUCUGUUUUUCAGAAAUAUGAUGCCUCAGUAUGUUAGUAAGUCAGCUUGAAAGCCCUGAAAACUAAGGUGGGGUUUUGCCAAAAAAAGAACUUGAGCAAGGACACCACCCACUGCUGGAUUUUGCAGCAUCUUCAAUCAUUCAUUACAUCUCAGGAUCUUGAACUCAGUUUCCAGACUUCAACUGUUAUUAACUUCUAUUAUAAUUAUGAAUUCAUCCAGAGCUUCUGUUCAGAGAAAACAUUUUGGCUUUAUUUAACUUGAACACGUGAUGGUCUUACAAGCUUUCACACAUUGUUUAAAAAAAAAAAAAAAAAAA